CAAUUCUAUCUCAAUUUGUUCUUCAUUUUAAGAGCUCCAUUUUACCUAUCGCAAAAGCUAUCUUAUUUUGUUCCUCCUUUUUCUCAAUAAUUCUUCAAUUUUUCCUCUUCAUUUUCGGAAUCGUUUCUUUGUUUUCUCGGGUGUGGAUUUUUUUGGAUAGAUUUUUAUUCGAGUUUCUCGUUUCAUUCUUUUUUUUCCCCGAAUUAUGGAGGUUUCAGUUAUCGGAAAAUCUCAGGCGAAGGUCGCUGGAGCCGAUUUUGGUAACAGAGAGUUAGGGUUUUUCAAUUCCAAAGUAGAUAGUAAGAUUUUUGGUUCGAAGUCGAAGAUCUGUUUCGUGAGGAGUUCGAGGUGUGAAAGGUCAAGAAUCCGUUUAACGACGAAAUCCGUGCAGAUGGAACCAGUUCAAUCUCAAAACUCAAACGUUGGAAGAAGAUCCAAAUCUCUUGAGGGGGUGAAGUUGUACGUUGGUUUGCCUUUAGAUGCAGUUUCUACCUGCAAUGCAAUUAACCAUUCGAGAGCAAUUGCAGCUGGCCUUAAGGCUUUGAAGCUGCUUGGUGUAGAAGGUGUCGAGCUCCCGGUGUGGUGGGGAAUCGUUGAGAAAGAAACCAUGGGGAAAUAUGAAUGGUCGGGCUAUCUCACCCUUGCGGAGAUGGUCCAAAAUGCAGGUCUCAAGCUACAUAUUUCUCUUUGCUUCCAUGGAUCUAAUCAACCAAGAAUUCCUCUCCCCGAAUGGGUCUCAAAGAUCGGUGAAUCUGACCCUAACAUCUACUUCACUGAUCGUUACAGGCAGCCAUAUAAAGAUUGCAUAUCACUCUCUGUUGAUAACCUUCCUGUCCUAAAUGAGAAAACUCCAAUCCAAGUUUACCAUGAAUUUUGUGAGAGCUUCAAAUCUUCAUUCUCAAAUCUCUUGGGCUCUACAAUCUCGGGUAUUUCGAUUAGUCUUGGACCAGAUGGUGAGCUUCGAUAUCCUUCCCAGCGACAACUGAAGUCACAUGGAACUGGAGAAUUUCAGUGCUAUGAUAAAAACAUGCUUAGCCUUCUUAAGCAAUAUGCUGAAGCAAGAGGGAAUCCCUUAUAUGGACUUGGAGGUCCCCAUGAUGCUUCAAGCUAUGACGAAAUGCCCUACUCAAACAAUUUCUUCAAAGAUAACGGUGGUUCAUGGGAGUCUCAUUAUGGGGAUUUCUUCCUUUCUUGGUAUUCUAGUGAGCUAAUUGCUCAUGGUGAUCGCCUUCUCUCUCUUGCCUCAUCCGUCUUUGGCAACACCGAAGCAACCAUUCAUGGGAAGGUUCCAUUGAUGCAUUCUUGGUACAAAACUAGAUCACACCCAAGUGAAUUAACAGCCGGUUUCUACAAUACUGCCAACAGAGACGGGUACGAUGCUGUAGCCGAAAUGUUUGCCAGGAACUCAAGCAAAAUGAUCUUGCCCGGGAUGGACCUAUCAGAUCAACAUCAUCCUCAAGAAUUGCUAUCAAGCCCCGAGUCAUUAAUAGCACAAAUCAAGUCAGCUAGCAGAAAGCACGGCGUAAUGUUGUCAGGACAAAACUCAUCCAAUACGGGACCUCACGGGGGCUUUGAUCUGAUAAAGAAGAAUUUAGAUGGCGAGAAUGUGGAGUUGUUCACAUACCAGAGAAUGGGAGCUUACUUCUUCUCUCCGGAGCACUUCCCUUCCUUUGCUGAAUUCGUUCGAAGCGUCCAUCAACCUGAACCGCAUUCAGAUGAUCUUCCCGUCGAAGACGAGGAAGAAGAAGACAUUGCUGAGACGCCGUGUCCCAGUCCCAUGUCCGAAGCACAGAUGCAAGCGGCAUAAGAGAGGCCAGAGUAAGAGAGUAAUGUAAAUAUAGAGCGAAUUGGAUUAUCAUCGAGUAGAAACUGCCUUCUAAAAGAUAACUGAGAUAUUGUUUGAGCCAUUUCAUGCUGUGUGAAUAACUUAAAUUCAAGGCUUGAGAAAUAGUGUACUUUAGAAUGAGGAUUUAUAUACAACACAUCCUCGUAAGAAUCAGCUCUGUAUAUGCUAUGUAAGAUUAUGGUUUGGUUCGAAGCAGCAGAUACUUCAAGAUUCUCAAUAGUUUGAUAUGUAUGAUUUCAAUUGAUUUAA